AUGGACGCCGCCGCCUCCAUCCCUGGAUGGGAGUCCCCUCGUACAUCGGCGGCCGAAGUCCAGCCCGCGGGAAAGAGGCUCCGCGUCCGUAAAGGCACAAAGAGUUGCUGGGAAUGCAAACGGCGGAAGACUCGCUGCACAUUUGCAGCUUCCGCCGACAUGCGUUGUACAGGGUGUAAACGCCGCCGAACGGCGUGUGUCGGCCAGGAGUUCCCGGAUGAACCUACGACUUUCCGUUCCACCGACGGCGACGGUACCACAACUUCAGAGGCCCCCGAGUGGACCUCGCCCACCUUGUCCGCUGGAGAGGUGGCAGUCACAGGCACACUCGAUGAAAUAUCCCGAGCUCUUGCUGCGACUUGGCCGAAGCCGCACGAACUUGAGACCAUCUUGAGUGAGCCACUCAGCGACGGCACAUCCUUUCUGGAAAUCCUUCACAAGCUCGGCUACAUUCCCAACACUCCGUCUAAUGAAACCUCACCACCACAAGACGGACCCCUCAUACCGCAGCCUAGAGACAUGUUGCAACUACCACCGCCAGGCUCACACCCUGUGCCCAUUGCAAAAAAGAUCUUCCUCUUAGGUCUCUAUAUUCAAAACAUACAAUCCCAUACCAAGUAUUACGAUAUCAUGUCCCGCAUGGCAGAAGCCGCCAUUACCCUCGUGGCGACCAGGGACGAGUUCACCAGCUCCCUGGAGGGUAUAGAGUGCAUCUCUUUGGAGUGUCUUUACCAUGAGGCUGCUGGGAACCUUCGCCGCGCAUGGCUCGCGAUUCGCAGAGCCGUGGCCAUGUGCCAGGUAAUGAAACUCCACCGCGGCAGUGCCACAAGCUUGUCAUUAGAGGCUCUGGAGCCAGAAACUCGUCAAAGCGUUGACGGUGAACACAUGUGGUUUCGAGUUAUGCAAAUAGACCGCCAUAUCUCCAUGAUGCUAGGCCUGCCGCAUUGUUCCCCCGAGAGUGUCCUCACCCACCCUGAGUCGAUGGAGCGAUGCACCCCAGUAGAGCGAAUGCAUCGCCUUGACGCUGUAGCAGGGGGACGCAUCCUGGCACGCAACCAAGGCGACAUUGGAGACGGAGUAGCCGAGACGCGUGAGAUUGACCAACUGCUGCGAGAUUCGUCAGAAAUUAUGCCGCCCCAGUGGUGGCUAUCCGGUAGCGAGGUCACCACCUACAAAUCUAACCCAGGGGAAGAGGAGGGUGAAGAGAUACGCAUCUUGGAAGCGACAGUCCGCAUCGCAGAUCAGCUCAUCCACUACCAGUUGCUUGUCCAACUUCACUUCCCCUACCUACUCUACUCCUCCGCCCAGAGCAAGUACGACUACAGCAAGAUGACAGCCGUCCACGCAAGCCGUGAGCUCCUUCGCCGCUUUCUCGCCUUCCGCGUCAUUUAUCCCGUCAGCUCCUACUGCCACGGUCUCGAAUUCAGCACUUUCAUCGCAAUAUCAGCGUUAUGCCUUGCUCACAUGGAAACAUGCCGCCAGAUUGCCGCCGAAAACAUGACCACCAACAGCAGCGUGCUAUGCUUCCUGACACACCAGCGGCCGUCUGACCGGGGAAUGAUGGAGCGUGCGGUUGAGAAUAUGGAAAGGAUGGCCACCGCCCGUGAUAAUAUUCUUGUAAAGAAGGCCAUCACCAUCCUGCAGCAUCUCCUUGUAAUUGAGGCUGAUGUUGCAGCCGGUGGGUGGUACAGCGUGGACUCCUCGCCCGCCGAGACACACGAUAAUGAAGAGCAGUUUGGCAGGCUUAGCGAGGACGGCAACGUGCUGGACAUCUUCAUUCCGUACUUUGGCACCGUCAAGAUUCAUUACAGCAGGACUGACACAUCUUCUUCGCCAUCAAUUCCACCGCUAUCAAGGGGCCAGAACGAGCACGCAGAGUCCCUUACACAGGGGGCUACCAGGAGGGCCAGCCAUCCCGCUAUCUUCAGCCUCAACAAAGAAUCGCAGGAAGCGCAGACAGCUAUGCCCGAGUUUGAGACCGCGGUAGGCGAUUGGAUUUUGCAGGGCAUAGACUUGAGUUUUCUCGGUAACCUCGCGCCGACUGGGGCGGGUGCGGUAGAGGCAAGGCCAUGGGUCUCAUGA